AUGGUUACCACGCGCUCAGCGACAGCAAAAUCGAACCAUGAGAUUCAAGAGCUGUCCAAGAAGAUGGCAGCCACCUCUACGACUGGAAGAACUCUGCGCAAGAGAAAAAUAUCUCCAAGUGAUGACGAAGUGAGCGUCGAGAUUGCAGCAGCUCCCAAGAAGAAGGGACGGCCUGCGGGCCGUAAAACUGCGACACGUAAAACUGCGACGCGCCGAACUGCAACUCCCAGAACUGUCGCCCGAGAGCGGGUAGAAGGACCUACGUCCGACACUGAGAAGCGCAAGAAAGAAUGGCAGACUGAGCCCUCGCCAUCAUUUAAUGACCGGAUGCACCGUUGUGCCAUGCAACAGUCCGUAUCCUCCAGUAUCAGUAUCCCCUUCUGUGUUCGCUGGCUAACAAGAAUCUAG